AUGCGGCAGCCAACGCGAGCUUUGCUACGUCGUUCUCGCGCCACCAUCGUCACGCUUAAGCCGGGACGUCGCCACCGUCGUGCUCCAGGAGCUCGAACCUGUCACUUCCGCAUCGUCAUCGAGGUGCGUCUCGUCCACGGCCGCCUGGCCGGAAAAUGCACCAACGCGAAGCCAUCGUUGCGGCCUCAACGUGCAAACACCUGCACUGCGCACCAGAUCGGCAGAUCGGAGAAGAAGAAAGAAAGCAGCACCUCUGACGUUGUAUCACAUGCACUUCUUCACGCUGCGUGCAGUUUGGAUCUGCAACUACCGCGUCACCUUGAACCUGCAGUUGCGUAUUCUCCAUCGCGUGAAAAAACCUGCCCAACCCUAAAGCCCAACCUUUAUCGUUUUUUAUUAGGUUUACUUUCGCACCUGAAAGGCAGAAGACUCGCUAUUCACACACAAAAAGUAGUCUUUGCAAUCAACACCCUCUUUGUCGUGUCACUGUCCUCGUCUGAGGCUCGCCGCUGUCCUCGUCAACGACGUUCGUCGCCGUCCUCGUCAACGACGUUCUUCGCCGUCCUCGUCAACGACGUUCUUCGCCGUCCUCGUCAACGACGUUCGUCGCCGUCCUCGUCAACGACGUUCGUCGCCGUCCUCGUCAACGACGCUCGUCGCCGUCCUUGCCCUCAUCCUCACGACCCCCUCCUGAAAUUCUGUUCUUCUACUUGUUUUCUCACUGCAUUUGUUCGUUUCUCAGUGUCAAACCCUCACUGUCACCGGUGUCGGCGAUCUGAGCUUGUUCUGCAAAAAGCUCUUGCAGAUCUGCAGCAGAUGCAAACUGUUCAUAUAAUCGAGUGUAGAAGAGUACUAAAAUGGACAUACACAUGGGUUCUACUUACCCGAGCAUGAACAUGGGAAAAAACAGUUCUUUGAGUACUUACAAGGUGAAGCAGAAUCAGGCUUGGGGAAGAGUUCAAUGACUUUCGUACUAAACUAGCUGGAUUGACUAGGUAUACAUUACAUAUGUUUUGUUAAGCAUUUGCCUAGACUAGGCAAAAGAGUUAUUUAAAUCUGUCCUAUAAUGACUGUGGUAAAAGAGUUAUUUAAAUCUGACCUAUAAUGAUUAGGCAAGCUACAUGUUUUAUAACUUU